AUGAAGACCUGCAGCGUGCUCCUGGUCUGCUGCCUGCUCGCUCUGGCAGCAGUGGGCUGUCAGAGUUAUCUCGCUCUCAACUCCACAGUGGAUCUGAGACGUGUGUACGCCUCGCUGCCGGACCUCCGUGUGCACAGCCUCCUCCUGCUCCACCUGUUCGCCAGCAAAGUCUACGUCGACAGCAACAACAAAAUCCGUCCACUUCCGUCUUUCGAUCCAACUGCAGACUUUGGGUCUCAUUACUACGGGAACAAAGAGGAAUUAUUAGACCCUGCCCCUAGAGGAUGUCGGUUUUACAGUCUAGGCAGCGUCACAUACAAGCAGUGCAGUGGAAGCAGGCAAUGUCCUCCGUAUUUCACUGAUCCAAUUGGUCACAUUCGCAUGGACAACAAAGGGAGACUUAUUGUUUGCUUGGACAAUAAUAACCGUAUCCUGAAAGUGUAUCUCAGCCAACAUUUUCCUCUCUACCAGCAUGGCCCUGCGUACGAUAAAAAACACACCUUUGAAAUCAGCCCCCAGCUCCUGAUGGACCUACACGAGUUCCAUUUCGGCAUGGACCUCAAGGGACUCAAGGCGCUUAGGGACCGCUACGACCAAAACAUCAACAACAACCAGCUAAACAACGUGGUAAACCAGUGGACGAGAUACAAGGCCUCACUGGGGCUGCUGAUAAGGCUGGUCGUCUUCCUCUUCAAUAGGAGGACGAAGCGCAGUUAUGGAAGUAGUGAACCGAUUUACGGGUGGAGAAUGUGGUGCAGCCGUCUGGUCUUCGAAAACGAUAAGGACCAAACCCCGCGCGUAAUUCAACCAAUAACAACGAGCAAGGGCAGCGAGCAAACCUGGAAGGGGUUGGACGAGGGGCUUCAGGUCAGGCUGCAGAAAUUCAAAUCCGGUUUUGGUUGGUUUGCCGUGUUGGACGAGAUCUGCAGAGGUCCAGAAUUCCUGAAUCCAGACCCGGUUCGAGUCACGAACUACGCCCGACUCCAGCUCUUUGUCAGAAACGGCUACAGCUGUUUUCGCCUCUACAUCGAGAACUGUGACGACUGGAAGACCAACUUUGCUCAGGCGUGGGUUGGACUCUACAGGUCGAGAUGGGAUGAACACCGUCAAUACAUGGCUGACCAGUGGCAGUACGUGACCAAGUUUGGAAGAGGAUCCCGAUCUGGAGAGGCCGAGACUUACGAGUAUUGCACCGGUACCGUCGUGGUCCCAGGACUCCAGGCUCGGUUCAUGCUCAAGGGCUUUAACCAUAAAGGCUCUACUAAGACAUGGCCCAAAUGA